CAUUUUUCACCGCCAUUGUUGAUUCUUGACUUGAUUGUUCUGCAUGCGAACUGUGAAACAAACACAAAAUUCUAGCUAAAAUGUUGACUUCUGUAAAACGUGGCAUAACUGAAGUUAUUCCUAUAAAUUACCCUUUUGGAAAUACCCGAAGUCGAAAUGUGCUGCAAGACUUCAAUUGUGAAGUAGGUGGUUUUAACACAUGCGAUUCAUCCUUGAAGGUUCUCUUUCUGGGUAGUGGGGACCUGCGAAACGCUCUUCAGGUUGCAAAAAACGAAAGUGUCAAUCACAUGCAAAUCCAUUUAAAUGACCUGAAUCCAUCAGUCGUAGCUCGCAACAUCACUAUUUUGAAAAUAAUAUCAGCACCAGAUUUCAAUCCAGAAGAUGAUGAAGACAUAGCUUUCCUUUGGGAUGUUUGGUAUAAUCUUGAAUGGCCAGAAUUCACCUGUAAGCGAUUACAAGGAAUUUUGAAGGACCUGUUGAAUGGUGUGUUCCCUGAAAAUGUCUCAGUCCCCAAAACUAGUCAGUCUGAAAUGUUAAAGAAAGUGUGGAGUGCUUGGCUUUCUGUUUUAUCACAAACUGAAUCUCAAGCUAGUUUUUUUUUGAAAAAAGUUGGCUUAGAAAGGAAACUGUAUAUCUGUAAAAUCUGGGGCAUCAAGAAUAAAGGAGAAAUAGAAAACGCGAUGAACGUUGAUAGCUUUUCAACGGUCAUUGAUGAUUUAGCUUUUAACCUGGAAAGAAGUAUUGGGAUUGAAUGGUUGAGCGAUUCAGCGAGGCAGAAUAUCCGUGAAGAAGCUAAGCGCUAUUUUGAAAAAGGUAGCUGUCGACUUGAAAACGAUAUCAAGAUCGUUUGUCUUAAUCCAACAAUGCUUGACCACGCAACACUCCGCUGGACACUCCAUCAUUCCCUGUGCCCAUUUGACGGAUACUUGCCGCUCCUGAAAGAAGAAUUGGACACUUCAAACAAGAGCAAGAUGAUGAUACUUUCCUGCCAGAAAAUACUAAAAAACCAUCUUUCUUUCUAUCGAAAGCGCCUCGUCGACGGAAAAACCUUUGAAUUAUUCUUCUACUUGGAGGAUGCCAUAGAGUUCUGCUAUUCUGAAAACGUCAGCAAGUUCGACGUCAUUGACUGCUCUGAAAUUGCAGAUCAUGUUGGAUUAGUGAAUUUGAUCCUCGCAUGCAGCAGGAAGUUGUCAGAUCACCCAUCUGCAAUGUUGUUCACCGAAACUUUAAAUUGGUUCCCAUUUGGAAAGGGAUCUGUGAAGUUAUACGUCGAGAAAGCCCUUUGUUGUCCGUUGAGCAUGAUCCCAACUAUAUAUGGAUUGCGUCUCAAAAGCCGCAUCGAACUAGGAUUGCCUGAAUUUGUUGACUUGCGACGUCCGAUCGGUUCGCCCCCUGUUUACCUUUGCUGGCUAAAAGCACGUCCUUUUCAUAAUGUUGCCAUGUCAUCAUCUUCAGCACUCAACGGAUUCCUGGAUCAGUUAGCGAACGUUUGUUUUGUUUCGAAAUUCCCUUUUCGAAUCACAGGUGUCCCUCCUGAAUUCCGAAGUGGAUGUGGCAUGGUGCUGUAUACCCCGCAAACAUUCAGCUACGCAGUGAACUCGAUGAUUCAACGGCUUGGAGGAGACCAUUGGCUGAAGAAAGAUGUCAGGCCGGCGGAGAUGCAUCCCAAUUUUCAGCUCGCUAGACGAACACUUGAUGCUUGGAAAGAUGGCCAGAAGAUUCUUAAGUUAUCCGCAAAGAUUCCUACUUCGUCCUCCAACAAAUUCUUGCUUCGUGCUUCUGUACGAGCUGCUGCAUCAGGAUUUCCAAUACCUCGAUUGAUACUCCUGCCGAAAGCGAAGCAAGGGAACUGUUCCGACUUUUCUGGACCAGAUGUCCAUUUCAUCGACAACUUUCAAUUGGAACUGGAAAGGUCCUCAACCGGAUUCCAAGACGUUUCAAUUUCCUUUCUCCUGAUUCCUCAUCACGGGCUCGAAAAAACUCAUCGUGCUAUCAUCGUGGAUAUAUCGUAUGGUUCAGAAUUUGUCGUCUUUGAGUCGUUUGAGUCAGUGCAGAUCGAGGACUGGAAUUUUCCUUAUCCGUUUAUGCCUUCGAAAACCAAACUUGAGCUUCCCUCUCCUGAAGAAUUUAGCAUGAAGGUCGACAGUUGCGUCGAGUCGGAAGAUCAGUUCCGUCUGAAAAUUAACAUUACCUCAUCCAAAAAUGUCUCAGGGUUAAAAGUAGCAACAUAUCAUCAGUCGCCUUGUGAAUCCUGCCACAAGAUUACUUUGUCACUGAACCGGCCGGAAAAGUUCAAGCCGUUGUCGCUGUCAUUUCCGUAUCCGAUCCUUGUCGAUGACAUCCACGCUACCCUUCAUCACAAAAGCCGCCAUGUUGAUUUAGUGUUAACGAAAGCAUUGUGGGAACCAUGGCCGUGUGAAUACCAACCUGCUGCCGAUUUGCACAACGUCUUAGAUCUAGAUCAACUAAAACCUUGGAAAGAAGAAGAAUCACUCCGACCGUCCUUGGAAAAUCACAUUAGAAGCCAGUUCAACAUUAAUCAUCUAGAGAAUAUUUCGCUGAUGGAAAAAUCCCCUUUGAAUGUUGUUCGAUACUUCAUGAAUGUUCUGUUUUUGGAUCCCUCUCGUCCUCGUUAUGUCACCAUCCAACGGAUGAAUGCACCAGCACCCGACUGGUUCUUUCUAGUCCAUGAUCCUGUUUCAACAACUCCGACGGGCAGACCAGUCCUUUUGCUUUCGGCUUUUGAUUUCCGACUGGCAAAAAAACUUUCUGUAGACGGCAAAUGGACCGUGAAAAAGACUGAAGAGAAUUUUAUUCGAGUUUUCCCUGGCGACGAGGAAUCAUUGAACAUUCCGAUCCAAACGACUGAAGAGUCGCAGCUUUUGAGAUUCGUCUUGCGGCUCAACAGAUCCAAGAUCACACCCAGCAAAUGGCAGAAAAAAAACAUUACGCUAGGAAAAGACAGUCCGUGGAUGGCUACAUUCGUCUCACCACUUUACAGCGACAACCCACACAUGGAUCUCCGUUCUUCUGAUGCUUCAAAUAGAUCGACUCUAGGAGGAUCCGUGACUGACAACAACUGCUGCGCCGCGUGCAAGAAAGUUUCCCAAAGUCUAAAACGCUGCAGCCGUUGCCGAAGCACUGUUUAUUGCUGCGUGGAAUGCCAACGUCAGCACUGGGCUCAGCAUAAAAUGGUUUGCAAGAAAGUUUAAUGGGAUUCAAUGAAUGGACUGUUCAACUAGUUAUCUUAAUGUUAGUCUUUCUCGAAUUGCCUGUUGAAUUCGUUUUCCUCCCCAAAACUAAGAGCUGUUUUUUCAUGCUGUCUAAUGUUUGGUGUAUUUUCGAAUACAGAAAAGAAAGAAGCA